AUGGCUAUAAAAGUCUCGCCUAAUUUGGGACUUGGAAAAUGGAAUGACAAGCACAACAACUUCAUACCCAACCACGUAGGAAGCUUCUUUAUCUUCUUACGCGGCAACAAAACCCACCACAACGCCAUGUCAAGAGGCCACAUUGGCUGCUGCCUAUCCAGCUUCAACCAAACCCAGUCCUUCCCUGUCAUGAAAGACCAGAAAAAACUCAGCUUUUCAUCCCCAGAACCUGUGAACUACUCUCAAGAAUUGGAUGUGGCUGUCAGAACCGUGCAAUUGGCAUGCUCUCUCUGCCAGAGAGUUCAAAACAGUUUGAUUUCUAAGACCAGCGAUGGCUUUCAAUCCAAAGAUGACAAUUCCCCUGUCACUGUUGCAGAUUGGAGUGUCCAAGCAACUGUGAGCUGGAUACUGUCAGAGUCUUUUGGGAGCAGUAAUGUGUCCCUUGUUGCUGAAGAAGAUAUUCAAAAUCUUUCCAAGGCUAAGGCAGGUGGAGUAUUAGAAACUGUGGUGAAAACAGUAAAUGAAUGCCUAGCUGAAGCACCUCGCUAUGGACUUAAAGGUCCGAAAAUGGCUCUUGGGACAACAGAGGUUCUUGAAGCCAUCAGUCGAUGCAACUCCAUUGGAGGGCCUACUGGGAGAUUUUGGGCACUCGACCCUGUUGAUGGCACAUUGGGUUUUGUGCGAGGUGAUCAAUAUGCUAUUGCUCUGGCAUUAAUAGAGGAUGGAGAAGUUGUGCUUGGAGUUCUUGGCUGUCCUAAUUACCCAAUGAGGAAGGAAUGGCUCAACUAUCAUCACCGGUAUCAUAGAAUUAUAUCUAAGUUGACCCCAUCAACAUCAGAAUCUUGGGACAAAGGUUGUGUGAUUUAUGCUAGAAGAGGUAGUGGGGAGGCUUGGAUGCAACCACUGCUCCAUGUAAAUAAGAACUUAGUGUGGCCAAACUCUGCAAGACCUGUCCGAGUGUCCUCCAUUGAUAAUCCAUCAUUGGCAACCUUCUGUGAACCUGUUGAGAAGGCAAAUUCAAGUCAUUCCUUCACAGCGGGGCUAGCUCACAGUGUGGGGCUCAGGAAGCAGCCAUUGCGAGUAUACAGCAUGGUGAAGUACGCGGCCAUAGCUCGUGGGGAUGCCGAGAUUUUUAUGAAGUUUGCAAGGGCUGGCUACAAGGAGAAGAUUUGGGAUCAUGCAGCUGGUGUAGUUAUCAUACAAGAGGCUGGUGGUGUAGUUACAGAUGCUGGAGGGCGUCCACUGGACUUUUCAAAGGGCAUAUACUUAGAAGGUCUUGAUCGAGGUGUAAUUGCUAGCGCUGGAGCCAACCUGCAUGACAAAAUCAUCAGGGCUGUUGAUGCUAGCUGGGACUCAUCUGCUUUAUAA